GACACCGGUUCCAUUCCUACUAUGUCUAUGGAGAGAAACCAGAGUGUGGUCAGUGGAAGAAGGACUAUGAAGCCUGUACAGCCUGGAUGAAAACCAAAUCAGAAGAAGCAAAGCAAGAACUGUUAAAGGUUGAGGACAGGCAUCUGCAACAAAAAUACUACGUGAACCCCGUGUGGCCGCGUCGAGUCACCCCUCCAAAGGAUUGGUACCUUCCAGUCGAAGAAAUGAGACAAAAACAAAAACUACAACAACAAAGCUAACGUCAACCACAACUAGUUCAGUUUCGUUCUGUUAUGUUCCCUUCUUGUUCUGUGACACCUCAAGUUGGUUUCUGAAUUUCUGUUGUAUUCCAGAUAUUCAAACUCUGACUACAGUAAUUCAGGAUCCACCCCAGCCUUCUGCCAUAUCUUGGCUACUAUUGAUGCAACAGUUAGGAGACCAACAUGCUCAAUAAAUUUACUUGAAAUAGCAAGAAAAUAAUAGAUAGUUGUUGACUAAAAAUGGUGCUAGCAAAUGCACCAUACACGUUAAUUCCAAGUCAAUUCAGCAGUUUUACACUGUAAAAAAACAUGACUUGACCCUCCCAUGCACUAAGUGACUAGAGUCAGGUCUGGAGGUGGCUCAAUGUGACUGGCUAUAUUUAAGUAGCCCAGAGUUCUUGUCACUCAGGGAAAAUGUGUCUUAAGUUGACUCCAUCUCAAGCUAACUCAGAAAAAUAUGUGCCAAUAUCAUACAACUAUACCAGAACUGGAAAGACGCAGUGCUAAUACCAUAAAGACAUGCAAUUGAGAUACUGGAAACUCAUAUUUGCUUCUUUGCACAAACAAGACCUUAGAUAAGAAAUGCAAUUAGAUGUAAAAUGAAAUUUUUCUUCUUUUAC